AUGACAGUUACCUGUUCUGAGAGGGAUGGUGUCGUUGCCGACCUCCGUUUAGCGGAUUCCUUUUAUUCGAAAUAUGAGGUUCGUGAUGUCUUGGGUUCAGGGGCUAGUAGUACUGUGCGACGUUGCAUAGAAAAAGACUCUAAAACCGAAUACGCUGUUAAAAUUUUAGAUCUAAAUAGUGGUGUUGAUACCUCAGAAGUUAUACAUUCAGAAUGUAUGCGAGAAGUGACUAUUCUUAGAAAAGUAGUCGAUCACCCCAAUAUCAUAAAAAUUCAUGAUGUUUUCGAAGGUGAUGCAUACAUAUUUCUAGUCUCAGAAAUUUGUCAGGGUGGUGAACUUUUCGACUAUCUAACCCACAACGUCAUCAUUUCCGAAAAACGUACUCGUGUAAUCAUGCGGCAGCUAUUCGAUGCUGUUAAUUAUAUCCACGAGCGUCAAAUUGUCCAUCGAGAUCUUAAGCCGGAAAACAUUCUUCUUGAUGAAAAUCUUAACAUAAAAGUUACGGACUUUGGGUUGGCUGUGUUUGUUGACAAUGAAGAAGAGCUUAAAGAAACUCGUGGAACACCAGGUUACUUGGCUCCAGAGGUCCUGAUGUGUGGUUACUAUGAAGAUCAACCUUCGUAUGGUCAGCCUGUAGACAUCUGGGCAUGUGGUGUGAUUAUGUAUACUCUGUUAGCAGGUUGUCCCCCUUUUUGGAAUCGUAAGGAACAUUUAAUGUUGCGUCAGAUUAUGGAAGGCCGUUUCUCUUUUCCUAGUCCAGAAUGGGAUGAUAUCAGUGAAUCUGCAAAGGAUCUAAUAUGUAAAAUUCUAGUUGUGGAUUCUAAAGUAAGGUUGACAGCUUUGGAUUCAUUGAGUCAUGUGUUCUUCCUACAACAACCUAUAGUUGGCAAGACAGUCUUCAAUGCUAGACAGAAAUUUAAGACUGGUAUGUUGGCUGUCAGUUUUAUAUUUUAUCUACGACGUUUAAAAAUGAACGCUGCCUAUUUAAAUAUCAAUCAAUUAUCUAUGGAUCCAUAUUCAAAUAAGAAAUUACGUAAAAUUAUUGAUACACUUGCCUAUGAUGUUUAUAGUCAAUGGGUUAAAAAAGGUGAAGAACAAAAUCGUGCUGAAUUAUUUGAAAAUAUACCACGUCGUGAUAUGAUUGAUACACCAGAUGGAUUAUUUCAUAAUAGUCCAAAACGUUCAUUAUUAACCGAUGAUUCUAUGAAUUAUACACCUUUUAAUUUUGAAGAUGAAGAUGAUGAUGAAGAUAUUAGGAUACCGAUUAGAAUUGAUUAUUAA